GUGUCACCAAGCCCACGGCUGAGGAAGAGUGGUUUGCUUCGUCUGCUAGAAGAUCUUGUCCUGGAUCUAUCGGAUAUCAGCGCGGAAAACCGUUCUCUACUCGGCGAGGAAAGCCUUCUGAAGCCAUGUGGACAGCAGGAAAAGAGAAUAUCGUGCUGGGGCCGUACAGUUAUACGGUUAACCAGCCCGUCAGCAGUCGGGAAACUGGAGCAGAACGAGGCAACACUUUUUGCUAACAUAUUUCCUCCCAGUAUUGAUGAUGUUGAGGACUCUUCCCAUCUUCGCAGGGGAGCGCCAGUCGCACACAACAUCUUUGGCAUUCCACAAACUAUCAACUCUGCCAACUAUGUGUAUUUUCAAGCCCUAGACGAGAUUCAGAAGCUGAAAAGCCCUGAAGCUAUCAAUAUCUUCGUCAAGGAGCUUAUGAACCUGCACCGUGGUCAAGGCAUGGAUCUCUACUGGAGAGACACCUUGACCUGCCCCACUGAAGAAGACUACCUAGAAAUGGUCGGCAACAAGACCGGCGGCCUAUUCAGACUGGCUAUAAAGCUUAUGCAAGCGGAGAGCAGUGUCCCUAUAGAUUGCGUCCCUCUCGUUGACUUGAUGGGGCUGAUGUUUCAGGUCUGCGAUGACUAUCUCAACCUUUCCAACCCAACUUACAGUAAAAACAAAGGCCUAUGCGAAGACUUGACGGAAGGAAAGUUUUCUUUCCCUGUCAUUCACAGCAUUCGAGCCCAACCCGAAAAUCGCCAACUUAUCAAUAUCCUCAAGCAAAAGACCAACGACAACGAGGUCAAGAAGUAUGCUGUCAAGUACAUGGAGAGCACCGGGAGUUUCGAGUAUACCCGCAAAGUCGCAAUCGAACUACGUGACAAAGCUUUUCUCCUGAUCGAGGAGCUAGAACGUACCUUUUCACUGAUACCCAGCCAAAGCGAAGCAAACGGAGAGGCUGGAAGUGGCAAUUUGGUGCGUGCUAUUCUCAAUCGAAUCAUUGACCCCGUCCUGAUGGACUGUGGGGAUAAACGAACAUCUUCUGAAAACUAA